AGUACAUGAUUUCAGUUUAUUAAAAAGAACAAUGGAAGCUUUCGUACGAAACAAUGUAGUUAUGGAUAAUAUAAUAAAGAUAGAAGAAGUUUGAACAACUGACAAACAUGGUGGUGACGGACUCCGCAUAUAAUGCUCACACUAGCGAUAGAUUGGCGGCGGGGUUACAACAAGAUCCCUCACGCAUAGUUUUAGGAAUUGUAUUUUUCUUCAUUGGUGUUGUGGGACUAAUAGCGAAUUCAGCAGUCAUUCAUACGUUCCGCUAUUCCCAGGCAUUACAGACUCCUUCAAAUGUUCUCAUAAUAGGAUGCGUCGUUUGUGACAUAGCUAUGAUUCUGUUAGGAUAUCCAUUUGUCAUAGCCUCGUAUUUUCAUGGCGACUGGCUGUUUGGUGCCGCAUGGUGCGAGGGGUAUGGAUUCGUUGUUACGCUGCUUGGCGUCUCCAGCAUUUGCAUUCUUACUGCUGUUGCGAUUGACCGCUACUUUGUAGUAACAGAAGCGCCAUUUGCGAAGAAAAUCACCACCUUUAAAGCUGCAAUGACGAUUCUGUCUUGUUUCGGAUACGGGUUACUAUGGGCAACAUUUCCAUUGGUUGGUUGGGGAAGAUUUGUGGUGGAACCAGGUGGAUUUUCGUGCGGACCAGACUGGGCAAAUUACGCAUCAUCUCCACGCUCGUAUGCUAUAGUUAUUCUAGUGCUGGUGUUUAUCUUGCCUGUAACCAUCAUAGCAUUCUGUUAUUUCCGAAUCCUAGUCAUGGUAAGACAACAAUGUGCCCAUCAGGAUGAGUUUGUAGCACGUGCCAGGUCUAAAGAGAUCAGCGUGGCUGUGUCCUCGUUCCUUGUGAUAUUGUCGUUUAUGAUCGCCUGGGCUCCGUAUGCUGUGAUGUCAAUAUGGACCAUGAUGAAUGACGUCACCAAUCUACCCCCAGCAGCCGCGAUGGCAGCUCCACUGUUAGCUAAAUCAGUUAGUGCAUGGAACCCUCUCGUAUACGUUGCUAGAAACAAACAAUUCAGACAAGCUAUAAAGAGGAUUGUGUUUAAGCGUUUUUGUGCAAACAGCAUUGAUGACGUCACUUCCGUUAUUGAUGCACCAAGACAGGGGUCGUCAAACUGAAGACCGUCAAAUAACCGGGUAUAAGAGCGAGAUAUCAGUCUGUGCACAAAGAAAGUAUAGGAAAAUAGAGUUAGAUGUAAUUUUUGUAACCCUUGUCUCCAAAAAAGAAAAAUAAUAAAUUUGUAAUUUCGUUGUUGAUUAUAUUGAAUAAAA